AUGGGGAAGAAAGUUAUUGCUAAAAGAGCACCGCGUGAGAAAAUCCAUAAACUUCCAGGAUAUCCUAGACCAUCAACUCGUUCUCAAGACACCACUUUUACUCCCUCACCUUCUCUUCCUACCUUUCCUCCUCGCACUACUCCCAUGGUGCGGACCAAGACUACGCCACGAUUUUCAGCCCCUGCCAAGCCGACGCCUCCACCUAAGGCAGCACCAACCAAAACAACUUCCUCGAAACCUAGUUCAUCCAUGGGUAAGCGUCCUGCUGUUGAAGACCCUGUUCCUGAGACAGCAAAAUCUAAGCCAUGGUCUGUUCCUGUGCGUUCACAAAGAGGUAACCCUCAUCUCCCUCUCAAAUUUGUUAGAGAACCCGACAUUGAUCCUUUUGCUCACAAAUCACACUUCAUGACAUCUCACUCAGAUUAUAACCCCCAUCGUUUCAAAUCUGCCAUAAAUCACGAUUUUUAUGAGGGAGUUAUUCAGUAUCGUACUUGGUGCACGAAAUUGUGA